AUGGCCAAGGCUGAAUGUCCAAGCAAGUUCACUCUGAAAGCAGACCACAAGUGGGGAAUGAACAUCAUCAUUUAUGAAAGGCACUGGCUGGCCACCUAUUUUGUCAUUUGGUACGGCGUUCCCUACAUGACAUACGACAUCUUCGCCAUGUACCUCAGCCACUACUACCGCUACCACGUCAAGGGCCACGAGGACUACAAGCAGCACUCGCUGAGGACCGUCAACUCCUUUGUCCGGAGAGAGUUUCUGCUGGUGCUGCACCACAUCGCACUGCUCACCAUCCUGCUGCCUAUCACACUGUUCUUCAGGAAGGACCAGGGGGAUUUCUUCAUCGGCUGCUUGUUCCUGACGGAGCUCAGCACGCCCUUCGUCUCCCUGGGGAAGAUCCUUAUCCAGCUGAGCCUCCAGGACUGCUGGCUGCAUAAGGCCAACGGCGGCAUGGUGCUGCUGACCUUCUUCAUGUGCCGCAUCGCCCUCUUCCCCUUCAUGUACUGGAUGUACGGCCGUCACUACGGCAUCCCGCUGCACGCUGUUCCCUUCCACCUGCCGCUCGCCACCAACCUGGGUAACUGCUGCAUCCUGGCGCCGCAGCUCUACUGGUUUGUGCUGCUGGUGAGGAAGGGCUACCGGCUGUACCUGCGGAGCCGCGGGGCGCCGCCCGCCAAGGAGGAUUGAUGCUGCGGCUGCGCUAACUGGACCCGUUACGGUACUGUAGUUCACCAGGACUGCCUGCUCUCUGUCGCUCCUCCUGGGCCUCCAUACUCCAACUCCUCUGUAACAAAGCUGUUGCCUGAAGGACCUCUCACUCUGUCUGAUUUUACUGCACUCUGAAGAAAGGUCACAUUCACCUCAUUGAGAGCGGGAGGCGGAGCUUCCUGGAGACUUUCUCUGAUCUUUCACUCCUGCUGUUUCUACAGCUGCUGCUGUUGGAGAGGUUUGUUACGGCAUUAACUGCUAGCCACUCGUGGUUGGUGGUUAUGUUACAGCUCUGAUGUCACGUCUCCUGGGAGCGCCUCAUCCACAUUUAAAUCUGUUACAAGUCUGCAUUAAUAUUCCAACUACACUGUUUAUUUUUAAACUUUAUUGGGGCGAUUAAACGUUUCUGAAAUUUCA